AUGCUUAAAAGUUCUAGAAUACUUCUAAACAGAUCAUCAUCAUCAUCAUCAUUAUACCUAAACAGAAGACUUUCUACAUUAUUAACCACUAAACCGAUUGAGAAAUUAACUAUUGAAGAUUUAUCACAUCCAUCAAUCAAUCAACAAGAUGAAAUUGGUCGAUUAAAAUUAAUUGAAUCAAUACAAAACACAUCAACUUUAUCAACCCAAAAUCGUAAUGAAUUAUUGGAAUUUUUAAUCCCCAAUUUUUCUAUUUAUUUCAAAUUACCCCAACAUACUAUUAAACAAGAAGUUUUACAUCGAUUAAUUCAAUUAAAUCCUGGUAGAGUUCAUAGUACUUUUGAUUUAUAUAAUAAUCAUCGUAAUGAAAUUCAAGAUUAUAUGAUUCAAGAUGUUUUGAAAAGGUUAAUUCAUGGAGAGAAGAAUGCUACUAUUGCUCGAGAAGAUGGCGAUGAUGAAAGUGAAAGUAUUGAUUUGAAUAAUAUUAUUCAAAUUGUUAAUGAUUAUCAACAUUUACAAUUUGAUCAAUUAUUAAUUGAAUUAUUUUAUAAAUUGAUUGAUAACAAUAGUAAUGAAUUGAUUGUUGAAUUAAUAAAUUCUGGAGUAUUAAAUGGUGAAAUGAUAUUAAAGGAAAUGGUGGGGCAAGUCAAUAUUAAGACAAGUUCUAUUACUACUAAAUUUGCAUUUAUUACUAUAUUCAAUCGAUUGUUCAAUAACAAUCCACAAUCUAUGGACCACCAAGUUUAUACUAUUGCCUUGAAUUUAUUAAAUUUUGAUGAUUCCCACAAAGAGUUAGCAGUGUCAUUAACAAGUAAUGAAAUAUUACAAUAUGUUACAGAAUCAAAACUCGAUGAAAUUCCUGAAGCCAUAAAUUUAAGACAAACAUUAUUAGAAAUUUAUGGUAUUAAACAACAAGAUAAUGAUAAAGCUUUGAAGAAAUAUUUUUAUUAUGAAACUCAUGUUAAAUCCAAUAUUGAACAAAUUCGUUUCAUAAUGGUUAAAAUAUUUAGUUAUUUAGCCAUAAAACAAAACAAAGAAAUUUGGAAUCAAGUGGCUCAACUGAUGGUUAAUCCCGAAUUAACGGUUAAAACAUUACAAUUAUUAAUUAUUGGUAAAAGUUUUUUCAAUAUUGAUUCAGGAUUAUCAAUGUAUAAUGAUUAUAUUCAAAAUGUAUCUUCUCAAAUCAAUCCUGAAACUAAAAAAUCAUCUAAAGGGUUAUUAACAGAGUCAAUAAUAUUAGGAUUUUUAAUUAAUAAUGAUCGUGAAUUUGCAUCUUUAAUAUUUGAUAAAGCUAUAGAAAAUCAAAUAAUUAAAGAUGAAUUAGAAAUUAGUCAAAUUAAAAAAAUUUUUAAAAUUUAUAGUGAUUGCUUUAUUGAUAAUGAAAUUUGGGAAAAUCAUGCUCAAUUGAAAAUGAUAGAUGUUGCCUUGAAAUAUAUAGAGAAUAUUGAUUCCAUAAAGUAUUAA